UUCUCCCGUGGGCAGCUCCCCCAGGCUCUCCAGCCUCUGCUUUGCUCCCCGUGGCUUCCUCUGGCAGUGGUGAUCGAAGGGGGGGAAUGAUUCUUCCUUAAAGUCCUACUCUGUUUGCAGGUCUCUGGGCAGCUCCUGCUAUGUGGGUGGGAGAGACCAGGUUGCUUUGUGUGAUAUCUGUAACCUAGGGAACUCACAGGUGAGGUUGCUGAGAUGACUUCCUCAAAAGAAUAUGGAUCCAAUUCUUGGGAGCUCAUUGUCACAGUCGAUCAUCAGUAUGAAGAAGAGCAAAAGGAAUUUACGCUUCGGGUCUCGGGAGAUCUACAUAUUGGUGGAGUGAUGCUCAAAUUAGUAGAACAAAUCAACUUAUCCCGGGACUGGUCAGACUACGCUCUUUGGUGGGAGCAGAAGAAGUGCUGGCUUCUGAAGACCCACUGGACGCUGGAUAAGUGUGGGGUGCAAGCAGAUGCCAAGCUGCUCUUUACCACGCAGCACAAGAUGCUACGCCUCUGCUUGCCGAACAUGAAAACCGUGCGGCUGAAGGUCAGCUUCUCUGCGGUGGUGUUCAAGGCUGUCGGUGACAUCUGCAAAACCCUCAAUAUUAGACGGUCGGAAGAACUCUCUCUGUUGAAACAGUCAGAAGAUACUUUGAAAAAGAAAAAGAAAAAAGACAAGAACAACAAAGAACCCGUCAUAGAAGACAUUUUAAACCUGUACAACUCUCCAGUGAUUUCAGGAUCACCAGCAAGUCCUGGUUUAUACAGUAAAACUAUGAUUCCCAUUUAUGAUCCUGUCAAUGGAACACCAGUCUCUUCUACUAUUACUUGGUUCAGUGACAGCCCUCUGACCGCACCGAACUGCAGCAUCCUCGCCUUCAGCCAUCCCAACUGUUCUCCGGAAACACUGGCUGAAAUGUAUCAGCCUCGGACCUUAGCUGACAAAGCCAAACUUAAUGCAGGCUGGCUGGAUUCAUCACGAUCGCUUAUGGAACAAAGCGUCCAGGAGGACGAUCAGCUUCUCUUACGCUUUAAGUACUACACUUUCUUUGAUCUGAAUCCAAAGUAUGAUGCGGUGCGAAUAAACCAGCUAUAUGAACAAGCCCGGUGGGCCAUCCUAUUAGAAGAAAUCGAUUGCACGGAGGAAGAAAUGUUGAUCUUCGCUGCAUUACAGUAUCACUUAAGCAAGUUAUCGUUAGCAUCAGAGGCACAAGACUUCACAAAUGAAUCUGAAGUUGAUGAAGUGGAAGCUGCGCUUUCCAAUCUGGAAGUGACGCUGGAAGGUGGAAAAAUGGAUAACAUUUUGGAGGACAUUACAGACAUACCGAAACUUGCAGAUAAUCUCAGGCUCUUUAGGCCCAAGAAGCUAACGCUAAAAGCCUUCAAGCAGUAUUGGUUUGUCUUUAAAGACACUUCAGUAUCUUAUUUUAAAAACAAGGAAGCUGGCCACGGAGAACCCAUUGAGAAGCUAAACCUAAAAGGAUGUGAAGUUGUACCAGAUGUCAAUGUAGCCGGGAGAAAAUUUGGAAUUAAAUUACUAAUUCCUGUUGCUGAUGGCAUGAAUGAAGUGUAUUUGAGAUGCGAUAAUGAGAAUCAAUAUGCGUGCUGGAUGGCUGCUUGUGUCUUAGCUGCAAAAGGCAAAACAAUGGCAGACAGCUCUUACCGGCCCGAGGUGCAUAAAAUCCUUUCAUUCCUGAAGAUGAAGAACCGGAGCACGUCCCCGCAGGCGGUCUCCGAUCCAGAGAGCGUGGACAUGAAACCGGAACGCUUCGUCUCACCACGAUAUGCCAAAAAAUACAAGUCCAAACAGUUGGCCGCCCGCAUUCUGGAAGCCCAUCAAAACGUGGCACAGAUGCCGCUAGUGGAAGCCAAGUUGCGCUUUAUCCAGGCGUGGCAGUCCCUCCCUGAGUUCGGUUUAACAUACUACAUUGUAAGGUUUAAAGGAAGCAAGAAAGAUGAUCUGCUGGGAAUUUCCUAUAACAGGCUGAUUAGGAUCGAUGCAGCCACUGGGGAUCCUAUCACAACGUGGAGAUUCUCCAGUAUGAAGCAGUGGAAUGUGAACUGGGAAAUACGUCAGGUUGCAAUUGAGUUUGAUCAGAAUGUGUCCAUUGCUUUCACGUGCCUGAGUGCAGAUUGCAAGAUUGUCCAUGAAUACAUUGGAGGUUACAUCUUCCUGUCAACUCGUUCCAAAGACCAAAAUGAAACACUGGAUGAAGAUCUGUUCCACAAAUUAACUGGAGGACAGGAAUGAGGUGAAGCCAGAUGUUUGUUUGCUGGCAAAAAGGACCAGACAAUAUGUAAGGUUUUCUCUCUUACACUGUUACGUCUGUUGGCUGAUAGAAUAGCACAGACAGUGUACUUAUCCUGUGUCAGAGGGAUGGAAUAAGGUGACUUUUGAUCAACAUUAGGGAAAUAAGAUGACUUUGGUUGUUUUUAUGCUACGUGAAGUUUUCGCCAAAGGUUCAUUGUAUCUUGAUUGUUGACGGACAUUUCCCAUUCUUUCCUGUUUAACUUAGAUGAUCUAUUUUAGCAUCCUGAACAAGGAAUUUGAGGAUAUUGGGAUACGCGUCCUGUUCUCUAUUACACUGGUGCAACUGCCGUUGAUCUCUCAGGAUUACUAGAGCUAAGGCUACAUAAAUAUACAUUUGAAAUCUAUAUUACUGGAACAAAAUACUACCUAUCCUGUACAUAGUAUGGUCCUUUCCGUACUCUGUGAUCUGUCUUGCACAUGGAACUAUCAAGCCCUGAGUAUCAGUUAAGGACCCAGUCCUGCGAACACUUAUUGCCAUUGUUGGACUAUUCACAGCCAUGAAGUCACAUUGAAGUCAAAGGGACAACUCCUGUGCAUAAAGUUAAGCACAGGUAUUAAUCUGGGCACCUAAACAUUUAAUCUUUUGGGGAAUAUUUUCAUUUUGAUGUUAAAAUCAUUGUUUUAAUUGCUAUUUCUCCAUUAUUAACACUUUUUACAAAGGCCUGUAAACGUGCUUCCUCGGCAUUUUACAAACGUAGCAUUAAAUUCGGGGCAAAAGUUAUUACAUGCCAUUCUCUAACUUGAGACCUGAAUUAUCUGUGGGAACAUUGAUACUAAAAUCUGUAAUGCUGAAUGCUUUGGACUUGGGUUUCAAGAUAUGCUCUUCACAACAACUGCAAAACAAAAUCCUUCUUCGUUGGACGGAUAGGUCCACUGGAGUUAAUGGUGAGACUCUCAUUGACUUCAGUGGGCUUUGGCUCAGGCCUGUAAUGCUCAACUGUCAGCAGAGUGCUUGAUCACUGGACAGGCUAAUUCCGGUACAGUCGUAAAAUCAGUGACUUCCACACCCCCCAACAUUUCAUGCAUCCUGAGAUGUUGAAUUUGUCACUACAGAAUCACUGCUAGGUGUUGUUUGUUUGAGCUGUCGUUGGGUCUGAUUCUUCUCUCACUGGAUCUGGUUUUAUUCCGGUGUCUCUCAGCUGGCUACAGUGGAGCUAUUCCUGACGCAUAUGGGUGUAUGCGCAUGAGGGGUCAAGUGCAUAGAAACAGGAGGGGGAACUGUGGAGGAGCACUACAAACCCAAGCCAGGGAGAGGAAGAGGAGCGUUCCCUCCUCUUUUAGUAGCGCUGCUCCCCUUUCUUUAACACUCUGUGGGAAGAGUCAGACCCAAUGGCGUUCUGUUAGUGAAAUUCACUCAUGGUGCAGAGGGACCAUACAAGGCCUUCUAUGCUACUUAAUGCCUGCACGAGAGCUGCUAACAACAGAAGUAGGUAGUUCUUUUCAUCAGUAGAUCUCAAAGCACUUUACAAAGGAGGGCAGUGUCAUUAUCCCCAUUUUACAGAUGGGAAAACUGAGGCCUGGGGGAAGUGAAGUGACUUCCCCAAGGUUGCCCAGCAGGACUGUGGCAGAGCCAGGAAUAAACCCGUGGGCGCUUCAGUCCUUGUCCAGUGCUCUACCCACUAGGCGACACUGUGUUGAGAUCGGAGGGAGACAGCAUGAAAUCAUCUUGUGAUCUAAGGUGCAGGCUGUGUCAGGCUGUUGAUUUUGAAGAACUCUACGCUUCGUUCCGUGGGGAGUUCUGCCUACACCCUACAGCGUGUUACAGCUGCAGGCAGCAAGGGGGAACCACAUGGUAUGCUGUGUAUAUCUGAAUGUUUGUGCAGUAAGAUUUUUGAAAUGUUUCCCACUCUAGCCUGGCUUGUAACACACUGUUGCUGUUCCAGCCCUUAAAUAAAUACACACUUUUUUGUAUUCAA